GGGGUGACGAAGGCGGAAGCGGGGAGCAGGAUGCAGCGGCACUGAAACCCCCCCGACCGCCGCGCCGGGAGCGGCCCCGCCAUGGAGGUACAAGAUGCUGGACAAGAUAUGGUGGCUUCCUAUGCCACACCAGGAAGCGGUAAAUCGAAGCUGGAUACACUGUCCAAAGAAGAUCUCAUCAAAUUUGCGAAGAAGCAAAUGAUGCUUAUGCAGAAAGUGAAGUCAAGAUGCACAGAAUUGGAAAAAGAGAUUGAACUCAAAUCAAAACCAGCUGCUGGAGAAGCUGAUGAUAUUAUUCAGGCGCUCUCAGAAAGGCUGGAUGCUGUUCUUCUGGAAAAAGCAGAGAUCCAGCAGCAGUGCAUAGCCCUCAAAAAAGAAAAUGCUAAAAGGAAACAAGAAGCAGAGGUUGCUGUAACUAAGACAGAAGAACUGCAGAAGCAGUUGGAACAAUCAAGCAUUGACCACUUGAAAGAUAUUGAAGGCCUUAAGAAUGAAGUAGUAAGAGCACAGUCCAAAUACAAUGAAGACUUAGCCAAACUGCAGAAAGAACUGCAGGAAGAAGUGAAGAAACAAAUGGGGCUUGCAGAACAGCUUGAACUUCAUAAUAAUCAACAACAGGAAACUAAAAGACUACAAGAAGAGGUCCAGCAAAUUAAGCAUGCAUAUGAGGAACAGAUUUUAUGUCUGAAUAAACAGUUGGAAGCUAUCAGUGAGGAUAAAAACAAAAACAUUGAAAAUCUGCAAGAAGUUAUCAAAAAUAAUUCUCAACAUUACUGUAGUGAAAUCAAUAAUCUGCAUGAAGAGCUUUUACAGCUAAAGGGUGCACACCAACAAGAGGUUUCAGAAUUGAUGUGUCAGCUUGAAGCCACUUCUAAAGAAUAUGAAGAGGAGAGAAACCAGAUAAAUCAGCAAAAGCCAGACUUAACAGAGCAGCACUUGGUAAAAGAAGAAAGCAUGAAGGGUGAAUUAUAUGCUAGUAAUGAGAAAUAUGAACAUGAAUUGGAACAACUAAGAGAAGCUAUAAAUAAAAAUCAAGAAAAUGAGACAGAUGUAACAGAUGUACAAAGAGACACUUAUGGGGACACAAAAAUGGAAGAAAAGGUCAAACACUUAGAACAUAUUUUAAAAGAACUGGAAUCUCAACACAGUAUAUUAAAAGAUGAACUAACCUAUAUGAAUAAUGUUAAGUUAAAACUGGAGGAGGAAAUCCAGCACACGAAGGAUGAGUAUUUUCAUGAGCGGGAAGACUUGGAGUUUAAAAUUAAUGAACUGCAACUUGCUAAAGAAGAUCAUUGUUGUGUAAUUGAAAAACUAAAAUCAGAGCUCCAAGCAACAAGACACCAAUAUGAAAUCACUGAAAAAGAGCGUAACCUAGAAGUUCAAAGUUUGAGAGAACAACAAGAGAGAGAGAUUUCGGAACUACAUCAGACUUUAUUGUCAAAUUCAGAAAAAGAAAAUAUGGUAUUGGUUUUUGAAAUACAGGAUCUUAAGGAACAGUAUCAAAAGCUCAUACAGGAGAAGGAAGAAGCAGUGUUCAAUUAUGAGAGUUUGAGGGAAACCCUGGAAACUCUACAAACUGAAUUGGGGGAAUCAGCUGGAAAGAUCAGUCAGGAGUUUGAAUCAAUGAAGCAGCAGCAAGCUUCUGAUGUCAGUGAGCUACAGCAGAAACUCAGAGCUGCUUUCAAUGAAAAGGAUGUUCUUCUUGAAACAGUGAGUCGUCUUCAGGAAGAAGCAGAAAAAUUAUCAUCUAAACAAGCGGAGGCGGAAGAACUUAAGCAUAAAAUAGUCAGCUUUCAGGAGGCGAAUGAGGCAAUGGUGAUCUCUCUUGAUCAAAAAGAGAUCACAAUAAAAGAACUGGAGGAAAAGGUGACUAGUCUUGCCUUUCAAAAAGAUGGUAUUUUAAGUGAACUGAAAUGUUCAGGUGAAGAAGUAGAAAAUCUCCAAGAAAUGUGUAAAAAAGAACAAGAAAAGGUCCUGGAACUUCAGCAACAAGCAGAAUUUGUUAACCAGUGCAACAGUGAACUGAAAAAAAAUGUAGAGGAUUUAACAGAGACACUAAAAGAAGCUUUAAAAGAGAAGGAUGAGAAUAACCAAAAGUUAGUGCAAUUAGAGGAACAAAUGGAAGCUCUCUCACUUGAUAGAAAGAGUCUGUUAUCUCAAGCAUAUACUCUUCAUAAGGAAAAUGAGAAAAUCAAUAAGGAAAAAGACAAAAUAAGUAGUAAUCUGGAAAAGGUUGCCUCUGAAAAGGAGGAUUGGCUAGUGUUUAAAGAACAAGCUGAAAGUUUAGAAAAGAAAUUACAAAUUGCUGUUGAAGAAAAAGACCAUUUAACUAUGCUACUUGAAAACAAACAAGCACAUGCAUUACUUGUCAAAACUCAGCUGUACAGUUUGCUUGAGCAAAUAGGGUCCAGACUUUCAGAUGAUGAUGAGGAACAUGAUGCUAUUAAUUUACUGCAGAUUGCAAAUGAAUCCUUGGCAAAAAUGAAAGAAGAAAAACAGAGCCUUACUUUGCAGAAUGAUGAAAAAGUUCUUCAUUUACAGCAGAAGGUUGAGAGACUUCAGGAAGAAAAUGUAGUUCAGUGUGCAGAGCUCAGAUCUUUGCUGGAAAACUUUGAAAAAGAAAAGUCUCUCUUAGCAGAAAAAUUAGAAGGAGCUUUGUCAGAAAAAGCAGCCUUGCAGCUAGACAUCCAAGAGAUGAAGAGUGCCAAUGAGAAAGCAAGGAUUGAAAAACAAGAUCUUCUAGCUUGUAUUGAAGAGAUCUCUCAAAAACUUGCAUGUUAUGAAAGCCAAAUACAAGAGCAACAGAAGGAAUCUUCUACAGAAGAGCAAGAAAACCUAAAACUCAGUCUAGAACAAAGAGAGGCUGAACUUAGAAAUGUGAAAGCUGAACUGACCUUUCUAAAGGAUUUCCUGGAGAAGUCGUCUGUAAAAAAUGACCAACAAUCUUCAGUAGCAGAACUACAAGAAAAAAUUGUAUGUCUGGAAAAGCAAUCUGCAGAGAGAGAAGAGAAGUUAAAUAAAGUUAAAGCCAUUGCUGUGAAAGCAAGGAAAGAACUAGAUUCCAGUAGAAAAGAGGUGCAGUCUUUGAGAGAAGAAUUAGAGUUGGUACGAUCAGAGAAAGAUCAGUUGUCUACUUCUAUGAGGGACAUCAUCCAAGGAGCAGAAAGCUAUAAGAAUCUUUUGCUGGAAUAUGACAAGCAAGCAGAACAGCUGGAUUUGGAAAAGGACCGAGCAACUAAUCUUGAACAUCAGAUGGAUGGCCUUACAAGACAGCUACAGACUUCAACUCAGCAGCAAGAGCAACUAAACUCUGCCAAUGAAGACCUUAUGGCUCGUCUUGAAACUCUACAGUCUAAUGUUAAACUGCUAGAAGCCCAGAUAUUAGAAACGCAAAGAGCCAAAGCAAAAGUCGACAAAGAACUGGAAGCUGAAAAAUUUCUAAAAGAGCAAAAGAUAAAGGACCACAGCAGUGCUGUAAGAGAACUUGAAGACCUUCAGCUUCAGCUUCAGAAGGAAAAGAAACAUCUUCAGAAAACUAUGCAGGAACUAGAGCUGGCCCGGCGGGAUGCCCAGAAGAGCACACUAAUGGAUAUGGAAAUGGCUGAUUAUGAGCGUUUAGUGAAAGAACUUAAUCAGAAGAUUACAGAUAAAAACUGCAAAAUUGAAGAUCUUGAGCAAGAGAUCAGAAUUCAAAAACAAAAACAAGAAACACUACAAGAAGAAAUAAAAUCCCUUCAAUCUUCUGUGCUACAGUAUGAGGAAAGGAACUCCCAAAUAAAACAACUGCUAGUGAAAACCAAAAAAGAACUGGCAGAUUCAAGGCAAGCUGAAAAUGACCAUCUAAUACUUCAAGCAUCAUUAAAAGGAGAGCUAGAGGCAAGUCAGCAGCAAGUGGAAGUCUAUAAGAUUCAGCUGGCUGAACUAACGUCAGAAAAACACAAGAUUCAAGAACAUCUGCGGACCUCUUUGGAGCAACACCAGCGCACUCUGAAUGCUUACCAGCAGAAAAUUGCAACCCUACAAGAAGAGUGCAACACAGCAAAGGCAGAACAAGUUGCUGUUACCUCUGAAUUUGAAAGCUACAAAGUCCGUGUUCAUAAUGUUUUAAAACAACAAAAGAAUAAAUCUGCUUCUCAGACUGAAACUGAGGGAGCCAAGCAAGAAAGAGAACACAUGGAAAUGGUAAUAGACCAACUAAAAGUAAAGUUACAAGAUGCCCAGCAUAACUUACAAAUCAAUGGAACUGAACUUCAAGCAUUGCAGUCUGAACAUGACACCCUGCUGGAACGGCACAAUAAGAUGCUGCAGGAGACGGUGACGAAAGAGGCAGAACUCCGAGAAAAAGUCUGUACUAUACAGUCUGAGAACAUGGUGUUGAAGUCAGAGCAUGCACAGACUGUGAGUCAGCUGACGACCCAGAACGAAGCUCUUCGGCACAGUUUUAGAGAUCAAGUGAGGCAUUUGCAAGAAGAGCAUAGGAAGACUGUAGAGACCUUGCAACAGCAGCUAUCCAAGGUAGAAGCCCAAUUCUUCCAACUUAAGAGUGAACCUAGCACAAGAGGUCCAGCUGUUUCAAACCUGCCAGUGAAGAACUUGCGAGAACGGAGAAACACUGACCUUCCUCUUCUUGAUGUGCACACUGUAGCUAGGGAAGAGGGAGAAGGAAUGGAAACAACUGACACAGAGUCUGUGUCUUCUGCCAGUACCUAUAUGCCAUCAUUGGAACAACUUCUUAAUUCUCCUGAAGCAAAAUUUGAGCCACCUCAAUGGCAAACAGAACUCACCAAAGAAGAGCUGGUCCAGAAGCUAAACACAACAACAAAAAGUGCUGAUCAUUUGAAUGGAUUGCUUCAUGAAUCGGAAGCAACCAAUGCAAUAUUAAUGGAACAAAUUAAGCUUCUUAAGAGUGAAGUAAGACGACUGGAAAGGAACCAAGAGCGAGAGAAGUCUGUUGCUAAUCUGGAAUACUUGAAAAAUGUUCUGCUGCAAUUUAUAUUUCUGAAGUCAGGCAGUGAAAGAGAGAGGCUUCUUCCAGUAAUGGAUACCAUGUUGCAGCUCAGCCCUGAAGAGAAGGGAAAACUUGUUGCAAUUGCCCACGGUGAGGAAGAAAGUGCAUCACGGCCUUCUGGCUGGGCUUCGUACCUUCACAGUUGGUCAGGACUUCGAUGAGACAAUGGAAAUCUUUUUAGACAUUUACAUUCCACAAUUGCACUAAUAGAGAAAUUUUACUAUAGAAGAAUGAACCUUACAUGUGUAGCAUUGACAGUUUUAUUUUUCUGAUUUUGCAAAUUACCUUAAGCAAUGCAUCUUAGCCUAAAAAUGGGAAUAGAGGGUUUCUAAAGAAUGUGCUCUAUUACUUUCCGUCUCCAGGUUCUGACUGCACCAAACUAUUUUAUUGUUUCUUGUAAACAUUUUUAGAUUAAGCAAGUUGGUAUUCAGGAGUAAAAUGAAAGGAGUGAAAAGUUUCUGAUUACUUGAGAACAUUAUUUGGCAAACUGGUCACAUAUUUUAUUUUUAUUUAAAAUGUCACAUAAUUUAAUAGCUAGAACAAUAGGUAAAAAUUCUUAAUAAAGUACUUCAAAAAUACAUUUUCAGGAUGCUAUUUUCACUCAAUGUAUUUGAAGAAAACAAAUAAUUUUGUAUUAUAAUAAAUCUAUUGUCCAUAUAUUAUAAUGUCAAAGUCAAAUAAAACUGUUUCCACUGCAUGAUGAUCUUUAUAAAAUAUUGCAUGGCUCUUAAGAGAAUUUGGAGACACAUGGCAUUUUCUGUUUUGACUUUGGCUAAAUUCUCAGUAAACUUUGCAUCAAAAACAGAUUCAGAAUAUAAGGCCUAGGGCCAAAUAGAUUAGUGACCCCUAAAAGUUGUCCUGUGUUUAGGAUAUUAAUACGUUGGAUGGAUAUUCAAGGCCUAACAUUGGAUCAGAGGCUAGAGAGCGUUCAGGGAAGGCCCAGGACAGACGUUUUCAAGAAUCUGGCACAUGUGGGCUGAAAUUCUAGGAGAGAGGGCUUAAACUAAGGUAUCUUUGUCUGAGGUUGGAAUCUGCAUAGGCAACUUGAGGGAUGAGUAACAAAGACUAGGCAAGAAGCUGUAAGCAGGCACUUACACUAUCAUGCUAGACUGAAAUAAAGGGACUUCGUUAUAAAGAAUGACGGUAGGAACAAGGAAGGAAGGAAGGGUCUGAAUUUGCUGACGUUUACACAUCCUAAAUAAAACUGCCAGGAAAGAAGGAAGUGUGUUUUCUUGGACAACUUUUAUAGCAGAUGCAGUUUGCAGGCAUUCUAAUGUAAAGAAAUUACUCACUUCUUUCUCUUUUCACUCCUCCCUCUGUCUCUGCCUUUUGGUCAAGUGGUUUGUGCUUCAUUUUAUUUCUGCUACUUCAUGGCUUUUCUGGAAACAGCACUUCCAUCUGUAAGAAUAAGUAUAAUUCUAUUGUAAACAGUGCGCUCAUUUUCCCCCCCCCCCCAGCUUCUAUGUUUUGUUUUUUACUUUUUUCCUCCUAACCCAUGCUGUCUUUUUCCACUACAUAUUCCAGUUCUGUUCCCUUAAUUACUCCAUUACUUGUGUGUACAUUUAUUAUAUAUACAUAUGCAUUCUUCUCACCUACUAUCCAAGACUUUUUCAGGCAUUUGUCUCCUCUUCUCCAAUAUGCUCUUAUUCAGUCCUAAAACUACACUUCUGAACACAGAGGAGAGGGAAGAUGCACACUUAGACCCACCAGCACAUCUUUCUCCACUACAGAUACUGCUGCCAGACCACACUUUACAAAACUAAUCAGCAAGACCAGGGUUAGGGAAAAGCAGUCCUGAGAUUCUGGUGUCCACUCCCUGAAUAACAUAGUAUUAAUCAGGACUGUGGUUAAUUUGGCCGCAAGAACAGCAGUAGAGAUUAUCUUGCUAUGAGAACAGAAUGUCUAUAAUGAGUAGUUAUUGAUAUGAAAGUGACUAUAUGUAAAUGACUUCUUAGUCAUCUCUACUUCCUGUGACUUACUAUAUUGAGGGGGAAAAACAUUUUUUUUUAAUUGCUAUUUGCUGUUAGCACUGCAAAGCCAACAUAGUUACUAUAGAGUAAAUCCUUUUUGGCACAAAUCAAUUACCAACGCACUUCUUAAAUUCUACUUGCAGAAUUGUCCUGGGUCAUAGAUGAGUCAGAAAGCAUCCAGUUUGACUUUCCUAUCUAGGAUUGCAGGCCUCACAAUUAGAAAGACAUCUUUUGAACAAUUGAAGAUGCCACUGUGGUGUUCUUACAGUCAUUUUUGGACUAUAAGCACCCCUUCCGCAUCAUUGAUUUGUUCUAAAUCACUAGAUGUUAAUCCUAAUUUUUCUUUUUCACAGUCAGCUGUGAUUAGUCUAAUUAAAACAAUGCCAGGACAAAGUUGGUGGUAAAAGAUUUCAGUUCAUAAUAUUUCACUCAUAUGCUUACAUUUUUAAAUCACAGCAGGAAAAUGUCUGCACUGUUUCUUAUGUUGAUUUCAAAACUAGUUCAACUGAACAUUUGCUGCUGUCAUGAUUCUUUUCUCCUUCAGUCUUUUGUGCACAAUAUCUACUCAACUGUCUUUGUUAUAGAGAGGCUGUGACAAGUGAAUUUUUCUCUUUUAAAAUGUGUAUUUCAAAUCCUAAGAUUUUUUUAUUUAACUUUGCAAACUGUGAAUAACAUUUUAUGCUGCUUGCAUACUUUAACAUGGACUGUAUUAAAUAGCAAUGGCUUUUUGAUUUGUUUUCAGACUUUUGACUUGUAUAUCCACUGUGUUAGUGAAACUCAAAUAUUGUGCUCCUGAAUGUAAUAUACACUUCUUGCAUAUGCUUCUGCUACAAAGGAACAUUACUGAGGCCUUGAAAGAGUGUUGUCGAGAAUAUUUUAAUUAUUACAACUAAACAUAUUUGUAUAAUGUGUGUGAUACAAUUGUCAGUGCUUUCAAAACAGAACAAAUAUCUUUCCAGGCUGUGGACGAAACUUCAGCUGUAAGUAAGUGCCUGGGUUUUUAAAUACAUAGUUACAGUAAACAGGAUAGACAGGACAUGUGGACUGGAAGCAGAAUUAUUUUGAAUGGUAAAUAUAUAUUUCAUUAACUUCCAUUUUAGUCUGCUAAUAAAGCACCCUAGUUGUGACUCAAAUUCCAAAAGGCAAUUUAAAUUGAAAAUUAAAGCUGGCACUUUGCUCACCUUGACACUGUGCUGCUCAUUUUUAAAGAGUAUAUGUUGGCCUCACUUUGAGUCUUUGUUCUGUUUACUAUUUUGCAGUACCAUAUUAUCCUGAGUUGUUUACAGACUUGUAAGAAGACAUGACCCCUGCCCCACGGAGUUUACAUACUUAGGGCCAAAUUAGGGGCUCCCUAGCAUUAGGAGGAAGAGGGUGUGAGGAGUAAGAUGACAUAACCCUACUUUCCACCCUUGGCCACAGUUUGAUUACAGAUGCUGGGGACUUCAAAAGAGCCUGUCUGUUCUGAAGCUAGUGCUAGGAACUGCAGAGGGAGAGUGUUUGGUUAGGGCCAUGGCCCCACCCCCUGCAUAUCUGUUGGACUGUAGUUCAGCAACUGCUACCUACACUUGCACAAGUCUGCAGCCCACUCCCUUUUAUUGCCUUACAAAGGUGUUGUUCCUGCAGGUGCCACCAUUUGGCUUGUGCUUCUCUUUUCACCUGCAGAGGCACAGCUGUCCAGAGAGCCAGUCACAUUGAAUACUUUUUUAAAAUUCACUAUUAAAACCUCUUUCUGAGGAGCAUGCUUUAAAACAUAUCCUGAUUUCUUUUGUAAAGAAAUGAAACACACACACUUAAAGUGUAACUGCUCCUUUGUUUAUUCACAAGGAAAUUUUGAGUGGUCCUGAAGGCAACACCACUGAGCAUGCUCAGGUCCAUCCUUUCUCUCCCUUUUCCUUUCUCUCCGCACAUCUACCUCCCAACCUUUUUGUACUAGCUCUGCUGCUGCUAUGACCAUUAAUCACCUUUUUGCAGAGCCUGGGAAAGGCGGGCAGCAUCCGCAAAACAGUGAAACUGGGUGUACACGUUGUCGGAGGUGCAAAGUGAACAAAUGGAAGAGAACUUCUCUUUCUGUUGUAGUAAUCGUAGGGGUUACUUGUAACAAAAGUAGAUAAAAAUGUUUGUUGGAAAUGUGACUUUAAUUGAUGGUCUCCUAAUGUUCUGUUGUACAUUUUGAUAAAAUGCAUAUUCACCUGAGUGUGUGCCUUUGUUCUGAAUGCCUAUUUUCUUUGAUAAAUUGAGUAAAUGUUAUUCAGGUACUUCCUGUUAUGGAUUUGUCCUGCAGUACAAAAGUAAAAGGGUUUAUGAUGGUAAAAAGUUGUAUUAUGUGAGUUAUGGGUUUACUAUAGAAAUACUGGCACAAUCCUGACUUGGGGAUAGCAUCACCAUGUUGAAAAUGAAUGUGAAAAUGUGUGUGGGGAGAAACAUACUUUUAGAAAUGUAAUGUAAAAUAACUGUCUUAGUAUAUCAUAUUAGGAAAAAAUAUAAAUGAACUUUAAAAAAGA